AAAUACCGUACAUAUUGUUUGAAUGCUAAUAAUGUUUGUUGGAUUCCUGCUCAUUAGCCAGUGAUUAUAACGACACCUGAGAAAAUCACUUUGGAUUCUAGCUCAAUGGGAAAAAUUUUCAUGAUAUAAUAGCAAUAUUUUAGAUAUAUUUGUCAUCCAAUAAUUGAGAAUUGCUUACUCUGUAGUUUAAAUUAGCACUUCUUAGAACCGAUGAUUUCAAGGUUCAUGGCUUCACUUUCAUGUUUGACAUCAAUUCCAAUUUCAAGUUAAGACUAAGGGAAACUUGGCUCGAUUUCCAUUUUGGUUUCCCUUAUCUAGCACUGCAUUGAUUUCUCGCAUUUCUCUAUUGAUGUUGUCCAUGCCUAUUGAUGUACAGUAGAUAAAUGAUUUAUCUAUUAAUUGCUUUUUUCCAACAUCUUUUAACAAGCUUCUCGUGGUAACUAGUUUGGAAUAAGCUGGACCAUUGUUAAACUGAAAUAAGAAUCAAUAAUUCUAUCUAUUUCUUGCUACUGAUUAGAACCAGCAAGUUUCGCAGUGGACUGCUCAAAUUCCUUGUUGCCAGAGUCACCAUUGAUAUUGUUGCAAAAUGGGAAAGCUAGGGAAGAAGGCAAGGAAGUUCGCUAAAAAGAACUUACAAUCUGUCCAAAGAUUAAAGAGGAAGACAAAUUCUAUGUUCAAAAGGAAAGCGUCUAAAAGAAAUAAUCAAGAUAUUGAGGAAGAUCAGGAAAGGGGUUUGAUAGAACAGUCAAAUGGAAGAAGCACUGGAGGUGAAGAAUAUGUAGAUGCUCCCCUUGAUGCCAUAUUCAGUGAAGAUGAUAGUGGGAUGAUAGGAGAUGAUUCAGAUAGUGAUGGAUUUCUUCCAGAGGACUCAAGCUUUGCAUUCGAUACUGGAAAUGAAAGUGAAAAUGAAAAUUUUACUGAGAGCAGCGCUGGUCGUAGUGCCUUAUUUGUGCAGAACAGAGAUAUCAAUGCAGAACUUUUGAAGAAGACGAAAAUGCUGAACAAAGUGAAAGAAAAGGAUGCAAGAUUUUCAAAAUUUCUCGAAAGCUAUUUUGAGAAAAUGGAGCAGAGCAAAGAUGAACAGACUAAUUCUGAUGAGGAUGAGAGCAGUCAUGAUGAGAUGCUUCCAAUGAAUGAAGACUUCAUGCACUCAUGUGUGGCCAAGCAAUUGACAAGUGCUUCUGUUGACUCUUGGUGUAAAUUGGUCAAAGAGCGGCAAAGUAUGCCUGCCCUUACUUGUCUCUUAAAUGCUUAUCGAGCAGCCUGUCACUAUGGAUCUGAAAAUUCUAGUGUCUCUGGCUCUGUUUUAUCCCAUGGAAUUCAGAAGAGUGAAAUUUUCUGCAAGAUAUUGAUGUUUAUACUACGUGAGGCUGAUAACACAUUUAGGAAGUUAUUGGGAAUACCAAGUUCUAGUUUCAGAAAGGAAACUGUGUCGGAGAUGAAGAAUACAACUAAAUGGAAAUCUAUAAAGCCGCUUAUUAAGUCUUAUUUGAGGAGCACCCUACUCCUCCUUAACCAGUUUACCGACUCUGAAAUAUUGUCCUUCUCAAUUUCUCAACUCAGAGCUUCAAUCAUAUUUCUGGCUGCAUAUCCAUCCUUACUUCGCAGGCUUGUCAAGAUUGCUGUCCAUCUGUGGGCAACAGGUGAUGAGUCUCUGUCAUCACACUCCUUUCUGAUCAUAAGAGACAUAGCUUCAGUUUUCAGCUCUAAUUAUUUUGACUACUGCUUUGUUAAAACAUACAAGGCUUACAUUGGUCACUCUCAAUCUGCUGAACCAAGGUUGUUAAAACGCGUACAGUUUUUGAGGAACUCCUUUGUGGAGCUAUGUUCCUUAGAUGUGCAGAAAUCAUCUAGUAAAGCAAUGAUAUGCGUACAACAUGUUGCUAAGAUAUUGCAGAAGGCACGGCAAACAAAAAGGGAGGAAGAGGUUAAGAAGAUAAGCAGUUGGCAGUACAUCAAUUGCGUUGAUCUCUGGGUUGCUUUUACAUCGACAAACAUACAUAACUAUGAUUUCCAACCGUUGCUGUAUAUGAUUGUGCAGAUUAUAAAUGGAUUUGCUCUCCUGUUUCCUGGGCCUAGAUAUUUACCAUUGAGAAUUCGAUGCAUUCAAUGGCUUAAUCAUCUUUCCAGUUCUAGCGGGGUUUUCAUCCCAGUUACAUCACUGGUGCUGGAUGUGUUGGAAUACAAAAUUAGUAAAGAUGGUGGUAAACCUGGGAAAGUGUUUGAGCCUUUGUCUGCCAUAAAGCUGCCGAAGCAUUGGUUAAAAUCACGGGAAUUUCAAGAAGAGUGCUUCUUGUCUGCCAUUGAGCUCCUUGCAGAACAUUUUGCUCAAUGGAGUUACGACAUAUCUUUUCCCGAGCUGGCAACCAUUCCGCUUAUUUACCUUAAAAAGUUCUAUGAGCUAACUACUUUUGAGAACGUCAGACGUGUUCUGAAGCGAUUUAUUGAUCAGGUGGAGUUGAACAUUGAGUUUGUGCAGAGGAAGAGAGACGAUGCGACUUUCUCACCAAAGGAUCAGCAAUCUGCUGAGUCAUUUCUUCAGAUUGAAAAACGAAGUGGCAACACUCCUUUUACACAUUAUUAUAAGAGCAUCCUGAACAAAGCCACUUCCAGAAAGUUGACUUCAAAACCAAAGGGUCCCAGCAAACAAAGUGAAAAGAAAAUGCGGCGUCAAAAUGGCAAGCUGGAUGUAACUAUGACUGAUGGGCCCCAGGAAAUGGUACCCCUUUCGGUGGAUGGAGUGAGGAAUUGAAAGGGGAGAGGAAGAAAAUUGUGUAAGAUGAAGAAUUAUUGUAGCAUUGAUGUCACGAUCAGAAUCUGCUGACAGAUGAAAUGGAUCUCGCUUUAUUUUUCUACUUCCUGGACCUACAAUGGGUUUUAGCAGCUUACACUACAAUGGAAAGGCAAAGAGCAGACGCAAUUUUGUUUUCUAGAGGAUCCGGUCAAUAUUUUGUAACAUGGCUUCUAGGUUUACGGUCGAGCGUGUUCUAAAAA